AUGAUGUCCGAAGGCGAGGUGGCGUUCUACGCCUACCAGCUCCUCGUGGGCCUCUCGGAUUUGCACGCCAUGGGGAUCGUCCAUUGCGACUUGAAACCCCUCAACGUUCUUGUUUUCCCCAUGGAACAAAACGGGCUUAAUCGUCUCAAGAUUGCGGAUUUCGGGCUGGCAAUUCACGAUGGUAAGAUAGAGGAUAAUGAUAAUGAUGAUGGGUUUAGCAAGAAAUUCCGUGGCACUUUGCAGUACGGCUCGCCGGAAUCUUUAACCGGAAUUCACCAGGCGGCUAGGGAUGUUUGGGCGGUGGGGUGCAUUACGGUGGAGAUGAUCACCGGAGAAUCGGUUUGGGGAGAGUGGUGCAACAGAGCAGAUUUGAGGGCCAAGAUUGAGACCCAAGAGCCCAAGAUUCCGGAAAAUGUGUCUGUGUUUUGUAAAGAUUUUCUCAACAAGUGUUUGAACAAAGAGUCUAAGGAGAGAUGGAGUGCUAAGAGGUUAAUGACACACCCAUUCUUCUUGAGGAACUUGGCUCCGGUCAUAUAUUGGACCAAAGUGGAGUGUGAUUAUCAAUUGCCGGAAAACCCUUUUGGAUACGACGAUCAAUGGGUAAACAACAGGGAUCUAUUUUCAACUUUCAACAGAGAUUCCUAUUAUGAUUGCAUGGAUGAUGAGAAGGAAUAUGCUGAGGCAGUUCAGAUCAUAUGA